AUGUCAGGCGCCCCGGCGAACGCGGAGCGGCGCACCCUGCGCUGGCUGCGGCGGGGCUGCGGGGUCCUGGCGCACCUCGCCGCGCUGGGCACCACCGCGCUGCUGCUGCUGCUCUCCAGGCCCGGCACCAGUGAGUUGACUCUCCCUCCCGCUUCCAUUCCCAAGGCAAAGUAACGGGACGAAGGGGGUGGGGAAGGGCACCGGUUCCUCUCCUGGCCCAGGAUGCGCCUUGGAAGACGUGCGCCACGGCCACGUUUUUAGGGUACCCAAUUGCUGGACCCGAUGGCUCGCUUUCACAAGGUUAAGUGGCUCUUGCGCUGGAGCUUCUGCUCCCUGCGUUUUCUCGAUGGUUAGGCCUGCUCUGAGUCGACCCACUGAAAGUAAUGGGCUUGGCUUUAGCAGAGUUGAAAGCUUUAGGUUCCCCUUACCUUUCCAGGCUACACACAGGAGGGAUUCUACGAUCUUUGCAAGAAGGAGAGGUCGAUGAUUGAUGUAAAAAUGAGCGGACUGCAAGUGAUUUGACAGGGUGGUUGAAGGGAUGUUAACAAGGCGACUACACACACAGGCAAGAGACCUGCCACUAUCACCACCGAAACAGCAUUAAACAAAUGUGCACACAGCAUUGGCUUGGCUGUAGUAGCAGUUUAGCCAGAUGUCCUUGCUCCAUUUGCAGUUUCACACUUGUGAAUGGACAGCCAACCCCCAGACACAAUUAUUCUCCAUACUGCACCCACAUUUGAAUAAUGCACAGGUAAUUCUAAAUGGAGCUUUGUCUAAGUAGUUCACCUGAAACAGUAAUCCCAACCCAGUUUGCUUCAAGAUAUCCCUGUCACUUUCUGCAAUGAGCUCAAAAACUGUUGGAUUAAAGAUCUUACACCCUUGUAUAAGCCACUUUGUGGAGCUACUUCAAAUGUUAUUAACCUAUGUAGUAGUAGUAGUAGUAAUAAUAAUAAUAAUAAUAAUAAUAAAUAAAUACCAGUUUGGUGUAUGUAAAAUUGUGCAGCCCCCAUAUUGAUUUGCAUGUGCAGCAACAGUGUGCAUCUUUUCACUGAUUAUUGUGUGUCUGUGCUAAGCUGAAGCCAUUUAUGGUAAGGUUACCAGACAUCCCCGUUUCCUAGGGACAGUCCCCAGAUUUACAAAUCAGUCCCCUGACAAAAUCCAUCUGUUUAGUAGGAAGUUGAAAAGUGUCUCCGUAUUCACUGAAAAAAAUCUGGUAACCUUAAUUUAUGGCCUCUGAAUGCUCCACCUUUCCCCCAAGGAGCUCAAGGUGGCAUACAUGACUCUCCAUAUUAACCUUGCAACAACCUUGGUUGGUUACACUGACGUACAGUGACUGGCCCAAGGUCAUCCAGUUAGCUUCAUGACUGAGUGAUUGGGGCUAGAACCUCAGUCUCCCAGGUCUUAGUCCAGCACUCUAGCCACUACAUCACAGUGGCUCGUAUACAUGCAGGAAAAAGGCAUGUGCUUAACUGUUGCAUAUGACAAUACCUGUAUACACAUGUCUUUUCCUACAUGGAAAUACAGGAGUUCAUAAUAUUUUGAGGUGGAUACAACAGCUAGUUGGGGCUUUGUAUUGUAAGAGGGCAAGGAUAUCCAUGUUCUGGCUUUCUAAAAUCCAUGACUGUAACCUCAUGAAAGGUAUUGGACUUAAGCUUUUAACUGAGCAAUUCAGUCCCAUUUACUUCAAUGGGAAGCCAAAGUUCUGGGCAUAAUUUCCCAGCUUGCUACUCUGUCUGGCCCAUUUGCGUAGUUCAGUACAGCUACUCAAGCUUGUUGCCAUAUAUUUUAACAUAGCAUUAUAUUCUGCCUAGUUUUCUGCAAUCAUUUAAAUGCUAUAGCUGCCUUUUGUAAUUUAUUAAUAGCCAGUGUGGGUGUUUUUGCGAGUCCUUUCUAGUGAAGUCUGGAAUGGUUUUUUAUCUUCCGUUCUGGCUGCUGGAAGUCUUAUUUUAGAACAUGACAGCUCUAUAGUACAUAAUGGAUGUUUCUUAUUUCAGAAUCCAGCAGCUUCAGUGAACUUUAUAGGGCAGACACACCAGAUCUCUGCAGGCUCUUGUUUUUGAAAUUUUGAUCCGGCAGUCCUAUUGUGUCUGUCUGUGUUAACAUAGUUUGGCAUUUUUUUUAGGUUUGAGCUUUUUAUACAUGCUUUUAAUAACUGGGCAUGAGUCAACCACAGCUAAGCACUUUGAAAUGGAGAGCUUCCAUUGGAAUUAAGCACAUGCAUAAGUCUUCCACUAAAAUCAACAAGGCAAUUAAUAUGCAAUUACAAUCUGAUUCCUACUGAGUUUGAGUGGUUCAUGCUGUAUCUUAGGAAGAUUGGGUAGUAUUCAGCUAAGUUUUUUAUUCAGAGCACUGCUAUUACAAUCAAUGGACCUAACUUAGCCAUGUUUAUUAAUUUUAGUGGGUUUACUCUGGGUAAAACUUAGUUGAAUAUCACCCCUUGUUUCUCCUGAACUAGAAAGGAAUAGCUGAGGCCCGCCCAUUGGGAAAAGUCUUUUCCUCCUUCCAGCUUUUGAAUUAGAAUAUCUUUCUAACCCUAGUCUUAAUAGAACAGGAACAUGUGGGGGGCGGGAAAUCCACCUACUAUAGAGCAGAAGUUCUAAAGCUUCAUAUGGUUGGAGAAGUCUUUGUAUGCUCACUGGACUUUUUAAGAAGCCCUCCACUUCUGCCAUAGAACCCCUGACUGUUGCAAAGGAUGCUUCAGGGGACACAGUCCACAGAUACAGGAUUCUGGCUAGGCCUGCACAAAUUAAAAAUUCAUUUUGUGUUCCCUUGUGGGUGCUUAUAGCAGGGGGAGAGCAGUAGCGGUGGCCAUCGUGGGCAAGAUGCCUAUCAGGAAAGUUUGUUUGCUGCUACAGGUACUGACUUUAUAUUGAGGUGAGUCUGAAAAGUCCAGAUCAGGUUGGUCCAAGCUAUGGCAAACACUGCCUCAUCUGAAACUCUUGCAAGAAGCAUUAACGAGAGUUCCUUCCACAUGCCAUAUGUUUGGAAAACUUGCAGUGAUGAGCAAUAUACAUGGAUAGUGGUUAUGAUAGAUCAGACUUCCUAGCUUGAAGGGGCUGCUGCAAUCAAAUCUGUUGUUGAAGUCAUGUUUGUUUUUGGACUGGAACACAGUUUUGGCUAAGCAUUUUCUCUCUUUCUUAUAGGUUUGUUUUCCUGGCACCCUGCGUUCAUGUCAAUAGCAGUAAGUUGCUUCCUGCUUAUUCAGUACAUCUGAGGAAUGUUGUCUGUUUUUGCCUAGGGAGAAUAUAGCAGAAAGCCUAGAGAUGUGUACACACUCUAAUCUUUUAGAGAGGUGGAAGGGCUUCUGUCCUCCUUUCGCAGCUGACAAUGCACGCAUUAAUUUCUCCCUGUAGUGAGCCUUUCAGAUAAACCUGUAUUUGCAGUGCCUUGGGAGGUACUUGCUAAAAUCCAAAAUGCUCUCCAGAAGCUCUGCCAGCACUUCUAAAUGGACAUGUGUUUUCGUUGUGACUAUAUUUCAAGCACGUUUGCGAUAAUGGCUCCAAUAGGACUCUCUUACACAUGCUUAGUGGGGUUUUCUUUAAGGCGGAAAUGGGGAAUCUGUGACCCUCCAGAUGUUGCUGGACUUCCAUCAUUCCUGGCCAGUGGCCCUGCUGACUAUUGGGAGGUUACAUGUUUCCCAUCCUUGUGGUUUCCCCCCACACUUUUACAAUGACAUACUAUGGCCAGCAUCAUUCUCCUUGUCACAUCACCCCAACCCCCUAAGUCUUUUCACUUCUGACCUUGAGUCACUUUUCCCCUUCAUGUGCUUCUUGGGUAUGUACUAAGUAAACGAUUAUGUUACAGCAUUGUGUUGAGCUGUCAAGCUAUCAAACAGAAUAAAGGUAAGUUGGGGAGGCUAUUGUUCUUGCAAUAACAUUUCUUUUUGUCCUAUCCUAUUCUUUUUAUCUUCUGUAGCGGAUUGGUGAUUGUGCUUCUUUUAAGAAAGAAAAAACUCUGCAAAGCUUUCUGUAUGCUAUUUCAAUAUUUUUUAAUAAUAAUAAUAAUAUGCAUGUGCCUUCUACUGCUAAAGAGGGGACAUCUCCAGAGAUGCCUCUCCUCUGACAAAAGGAGCAAAUUGCCUGCCAAAGAUUUUCUUCCCCUUCCCCACAGCAUUACAUAUGUACAAGUGGUGACACCACUAGACAGAAACUGCUCCCACUCUCCUGAAAAAGUGAUUAGCUGUUCGUAACCUAAGAUUGCACAUGCCAUUUCCCUAGCAGAUAGUCUCUGUACUCAUAAUACUGAACUAUAUUCUAGUAAAUUAUUGUGUUUAAUUUGUGCAUUAUUUUUUUACAAGCCACCUUGGAGGUUUCUUUGGAACUGAAAGAUGGGAUUAAAAUGGUCUCAUAAAUAAACCCCAGACUGGAACCAUCUAGAGUCUUGGCAGCUAGUCUGUUGCACGCACUUGCAAUAAAUAACUUUUCUUUUGUUGCAAAAUGGCACCUCCUAGCUUGGCCCCUUGAAUCUUCCUUCAGCAGUUAUGCUGCAUCUGAAGAGUCAAAUAUGCCUAUCAUUGCCAAGAAUGAAAGUACUGCCCUAUAUCAAAGCUUCUCUGUGAACAUCUUGCUCUCAGCCAGGAGCCAAUAACGUUUGGAUUUCAAAUAAAGGCCACAACGUCUUAUGUUAUGCAGCUUUUAAAAGAAGCUGUGGAUUGGUAAGGCAGGUCAGUAUGAUAGUGACCUGUACUUUGGAUUCAGCACUAAAGUGCAUACCAAGAAGUAAAGAGAAAGUGUCCUGGGGAAAAACUGGUAUCUUUCCCCACCCUGUGGGAUGUCCACAAAUCUCAAGAGCAAAGCUAGAUGUGUAGGGCUGCACACUUCAUGCAGAUCCCCCAGCCAUCUAAUUCAGGCAUGUAGAGGAGCAUGGCUGAAAGCCCACCAUGACUGUAGACAGUGCUGUGAGUGCAUAUGCAAAGGAUUAAUGUUAUGUGCUAGCAAUGCCUUUACAGAGCUGUUGCCAUAAAGCUGUACUUCCCAGUGUUCAGGGAGCUGUGAUAGUUAAUCCAAAUUAAAACUGCUUUUAAGCAUACACUAUAGAUGUACAUCUCAUUUCUCUGUUCUUCCUCUGCUGGAGGAAAAUGACUUAUUCCACUGCAGGGCCACUGUGCAAAUAGCAACAGAUAGGUAGUUUCAAUGGUAGGUUGACCAUAUGUUUUCUUUAAAAAGGAUGCAGCCAAUACAUGCCAGACUUGGCAUCUUGACCAAUCCUCAGAUCCAUUAUUAUUAUUAUUAUUAUUAUUAUUAUUAUUAUUAUUAUUAGAAGUGGGCCUAAUAGGUGAAGCAGUAGCGGAGCCCAAAAUGGUCCAGCAAGUUCAGAACCAGCACCAGGCUUUGGAGUGCCAAUGGGAGGAUGCCCCUCCUCCUGGUCACUGCCAGUCCUGCCCAUUUGCUUAGCCUCUCCCUAUGGACCCAAUCUGCACAACCACCCCAAGGGAGGAUGCAUAGCAAGAGAAGGAUGUUGCUGGUAGGUGAACCAGCAGGGACAGCAAGGAGGAGGAGAACCACCUGGGCCAGGAAACUUCAGGGUCAGCAGCAUUCCUCUGCACAAGGAUGUCAGCAGAUGCCCAGUGGUGCUAACUCCCAAUGCCAACCCUGUGCAACUCUUCUUGGUAUGUUAUAAGCCACCCUAGAUAACACCAACUCAUGAGACCCGUUUAUGUACUUGGCAGAAGAGCUCCCCCUGCCACACCGGACUGUGUCAAUUCAGGUUGCAAAUGAGAAGUGUGUUCUGAAUGCUCUUGAAAAAUGAACAACACUCCCCAUAAUCAACACCCAUACCCGGAUAUAGGGGAAACAACAUGCCGGGGAGAAGGCUGGGUUGAAUACUUUCCCCUGAACUGCUAGUCAUAAGUGUACAGGGAGUUUAUUAGCUAUUGGAGCAUUGCAAGCAUGCAUUAUUUGACACUUGGCUGCCCUGAGUAGUGAAUGAAUGAAAGGUGUAGGGUAUAGCUCCACUUUUAACUUAAAAACCAGCCAAUCUGCAGUCUGAAGUGGUGCCAUAGAGGCUUACUGCCUGCUGUGUCUAAGUACAUAACUGGUUCCAAAGCUUUGGCUGUGCUUCUGUGCUUGUUGUUUUGAAGAUUAUUUGAUUGGGAAGGUGACUCGGGCUCCACUGCUAGGUUGCUAAUGGGUUCUUGUAUUCCCAGUUCUGCCUGUGCCUGACGGAAGCCAUCCUGAUCUUCUCGCAAGAGGGCCUCCUCUUCUGCUCCUGCUCCCAAAAAAUGAAAGUGCAGCUGCACUGGACUGCCCAGACGCUGGCCCUUGUGGCUGCCACACUGGGCUUGGCCUUCAUUGUCUCCAGCAAGAACCGGAGUGAGCUUCCACACUUGGUCUCCUGGCACAGUGUUCUGGGCCUCCUGACUCUCCUGGCAGCUUGUGGGCAGGUCUUGUGUGGAUUCUGCCUUCGCUUUCCUCGGCUGCUGAGGAUCUCGUCCGUGGGUCGCCUCCGGCUCAUCCACAUGAUGUACGGACUGAUCGUUUAUCUGCUAGCCACCUUCACUGUGGCCCUGGGCAUUUAUUCUGACUGGUUUCAGGCCCAGAUUAAAGGGGUGGCUUGGUACUUCUGCCUGGGGUUACCUUUCUGUCCUGCUUUGGUUAUUGUGAAACAGAUUACUAGAACUUGUAAGAAGAGACAGUACAUUUGAGUCUUGGAUCCCAUCAGAACCCACUGGAAUCAAUAUCUCAUCCCCAUUGUUUUCUCCUAUCCUUAGUAUUUAUAACAGCUGAAUUUAGCCUUCUGUUGACACCUGAUUCUGUGUUUUGUGUGCUGCGCC